AUGGAUGCUGGCCCUGGGCUAGUUGGCUGGCCUCCCCUGCGGGGAUCUGGGUGUGGAGUCUGGGGCCCUGGUGCCUGGGAUUGUCCUACUCCUUGCUGGGUCCCUCCCUACACUGGGGGUGCCCAGUUAUGCCUGGGCAUGCUGAUGUUACUGGGAUGUGUGGCCUUGGUUGUUCAGCGUACAGCCCGGGUCUUCUGGUAUCACAGACACAAGAUUGUGUGCUUGUUUCUGUGUUGGUUUUUAUCUUCCAGGACUCCUUCUCACUGCUAUAGGCAGGCCGCCAAGCUGGUAGUAGAGGAAAGACUUCCAGGAGAAUGUGGAAGGCCGAGGAAAGCUUUACAAGAACUUACAAAAGGAGCCAACGACAGCCUGAGCUGCCCUCUGGGGGACCAUAUCAAUAAGCUGAGAAGCUACAACAUCACUUCCUCCAUCAAGUGGUACAGAGACUGUGAGCCCAUAGAGGAUGGGACAAACAUCUACGAGUAUUGGGACACCAAACUGAAAAUGAAUCAUGUGGAACUUCAACAUAAAGGCACCUACACCUGUACUCUAACAUUCACCCUCGAUGGCAUCAAAGGAUCUGUGUCAGAGACCAUUGAUGCAACGGUCACAGAGGAGUACUCUUUGAUUCCACACGUGCAUGAACCCACCAAUGAAGUAGUCAAAGCACAGAGGGGGUUCAACUUCAGUAAAAGGUGUCUGGUGUUUGUGCCGGGUGACGGGAAGCCUUCUGUUGAUAUCUUGUGGUUGGCCAGAGAGGAUUUCAUUGAGACUAACACCUCUCACCGCGUCCACAUGUUAGAUCAACGUAUGCUGCCCAAUGAUGGUCCUAUCAAAGGCGCGUGGUUAGAGCGACUGCUGAUGUUUUCUGAGCUGCAGGAGGAGGACUUCUACACCAACUACACGUGUCGUGUGUACAGUGACAGGGGCUUUCCUGAGAGAUAUUUUAGUCUGCAACCAGCAGAUCCAAACAUCAUCCUUGGGGCUGUGCUCGGUGGUGUGAUGGCUCUCUUUAUGAUCACUGUUAUUGUCUAUCUUUUUAAGAUUGAGGGUGUGCUAUGAUUCAGGGCAGUGUUUCAAGUCCUCUUUACAAAUACAGGUAAGUGCAGCUCUAUAAUUAGGGCCCGAGCACAACCUGUGCGAAGGUCUAUUGUAAUUGCUUUGGACAUUCAGGUCUGGUGAAAAUUUAAGUAUUUUAAUGGUUUCAGCCAUGGCCCUUUCAAAAUGGCUCUACCUUUAGUUCAAUUCCCACUGCUGUGUUUCUCAUACAUGUAUGAAAUUUGGUACACAUAUGUAACUUGUCCAGACAAACCAAAAAGACCGCGGGGUCCAAUGCGCUAAACCCAACAGGAAGUCCGACAUUUUGAAUUAAAUGGCUGAUUUUAGCGAUUUCCUGCCCUCAUACGUUCUCUAAUAACUCAUAGGUUUUGGAUGUUAUAAAAUUCAUAUUUGUGUUGUCUUAUCUGCACACCAGGGGGAAUUUAAAUUUAAAAAAAUGGUGAGUUUUCACCAGACGGCGUGGCCGUGACACCACAGUGAAUUUCGAUCAUUCGCCAGAAAAUUUUGAUUGCCUCUCAUUCAAAGCUACAUUAUCCAAUCUGGAUCAAACUUCUUCAGUAGGAUGACGGUCCAUCCCUGAACCCAUACAUAUGAUAAUAUUUACUGACAGUUGCAGCGCCACCUAGUGGGUACAGGAAAUGUCAUGUCUGACACUUUGAGGUACAACUCCAAGGUGGUUGAGUAGAACCAUCUCAAAUUUCCCCUGAAAAACCU